GAGAGAGAGAGAGAGAGAGAGGGGUACGUACGAGGCUGAGAAUAUAACGGGAAUAUGAAGGACGACGGUUUCCAAUCCAUGGCUAAUGUUACUGUUAUGAGCAAGAAGAAGGUGGAGAAGGAGAAGAUAUUGAUAUUCGGAGCGAGUGGAUACCUGGGCAAGUUCAUGGUCAAGGCCUCCCUUUCCAUGGGCCACCCUACUCUUGCUUAUGUCCGCUCCAGCAAUCCCGAUCCUUCCAAGCAACGGUUGCUCCAUGAAUUCGAAUCGAUGAACGUUACCGUUGUCCAAGGUGAAUUGGAAGAGCAUGAGAAGCUUGUGUCGCUACUCCGGCGGGUUGAUGUCGUCAUCUCGACUCUCCCUGUCCCUCAACAUCUCCAACAACUCAAGAUCAUCGAUGCCAUUAAAGAAGCCCCCAACAUCCAGAGGUUUGUUCCGUCGGAGUAUGGAAACGAAGUGGACAGGGUCAAAGGGGCGCUGCCGCCAUUCGAAGCAUUGCUGGAGAACAAGAGGAAGAUCAGGAGAGCGACCGAGGCUGCGGGGAUUCCCUACACCUACGUCUCUGCCAACUCUUUCGCUGCCUACUUUGUGGAUUACUUGCUCCAUCCCCGUGAGCAGUGCGACCAUGUGGUCAUUCAUGGAACUGGCGAUGCCAGAGCUACGGAUAUAUCCGUCCUAAAUUACGAGGAAGAUGUUGCGUUCUACACGGUAAAGGCAGCGACAGAUCCAAGAGUGGCGAACCGCGUUAUCAUAUACCGACCUCCAGGGAACAUCGUUUCCCAGCUAGACUUGAUUUCCAUGUGGGAGAAAAAGACUGAACGGACUCUUAAAAAGAUACACAUUCCAGAGGAGGAUAUGGUCAAGCUCACUGAAACUCUGCCAUAUCCGGACAACAUACCGGUGGCGAUACUUCACAACAUAUUCAUAAAAGGAGAGCAGACGAGCUUUGAGCUGACGGAGGAUGAUGUCGAGGCCUCCACAUUGUAUGCUGACCAUCCCUACACUUCGGUUGAUUCUCUCCUCGACCUUUGCUUGCUCAAUCCUCCCAAACCCAAGUUGGCCUCUUUUGCCUGAUUCUCUUCAUGUACGUGUGAUCUAUGGCUAUUCUCUCAUAGUUUGCCCAAAUAUGUGUUUGCCCACCCCUACUAUAUCACCCGUAUGUACUUGAUGAUGUAUCAUAAUAAUGAGGAUUUCCGUACCGUCUUAAGAAGCCGAAUGUUACAAAUCCUUUGUGAGUGUCUUGAUCCGGGCUUAUUUGGGGUGCAUCGGCCAUGCCCACUCAGGUCAAGCACGCAUCGAACAUAGUGCAUGGGUGUUUUGGACUUUUCAUGUUUUUGAUAAUUUUUAGCCUGUGCCAUCUCAAGUAUUUAUAAUGUCUACUCUUGUUAGAAUAAAUGACGCUUGUAAAGUUCUUUAGGAGGUUCAACAACUCAAACUCUCACAUUCCAAAGUUUCUUUUAAUAUACGGUGCUUGUACCGUUGAUUAAUAUAAUUGAGUAAUAUAUUUUCUUA